CUUAACUGGCGACUUGUGCGAGGACUAUUCCAUUCGAUCAAGUUAAGAAGGAGAGGCCAGUUUCUUGUUUCAAUGGCUGCCCCGAUUUUGGGUUUUCCCUGGUGACAAACAUUCAAUUCACUAAAAUUAUUGAGAACAAUUUCGGCGUGUCAAACAUCUUCUUCCCAAGGUUCGUUUCCAUAUUUGGGAUGCAAACUACUGUAUCUUUUUUAACUAGAUGCUUCGGAUUUCGUUGUUUUCUGUUUCUGGGUAGUUUGCGCGAAUCCCUUCUUCGGCUCGUGUUUUUUUUUCUUUGAACUCUGGUGAUUGAAGAACUUUUAUUUAUUAUUAGUUAAAAUUAUUUUUCCUUGUUUGGGGUAAUUUGGAUAUAAUAAAUAAUCACGAUCCAAAUAGUAACAGAAGGAUUGGGAAAGGCUAAUUAAGACCGGGGUUGUGUGGAUUGAAGAGAAAGAUGACUUCAUCCAUGGGCAGGAACUCUCUUUCUCCCCAGUUGCCAGCAGGAAAGCGACUAAGGCUAAAUGAGCGAAUUUCAAGUUCCAAAAUGAAGCACUCUCGUGUUGAUUCAGUCCGACAUUUCCCACAAUUUUGUGGCCCCUUUGGUGCUGUGGUGGAGGGGAAGGAAGACGGAAAAAUUAUAAAUGAUGUUGUCUCCAAAACUCCCUCGGAAGCUGUACUACCAGAUAACCAGGCAAAUACUAGUAGUUUGGAUUACUCGGAGAAAUAUUCAUAUGAUGCAGCCAUUGGAAGUGAUAGUCGUCGAAAGGUGGAGGAGGUUCUAAAGAGUUACAAGGAGCUUUUAUCACUUGAUGAACAGGGGAAUGGAUCCCAAAGCCUUAAAGCAAUAAUGGCACUAAAGAAAGAGGGCAGAUGGUUAAAUAGUCAGCCCACUUUUGGUCAUGUUCCUGGUGUACAAAUUGGUGAUCAAUUCCAGUUCAGGGCUGAACUCGUAAUGGUGGGUCUGCAUCACGAAUUUGUCCGUGGCAUCAAUUGCGUCGAUGUGAAAGGGAAGCCCUAUGCUGUUAGCGCCGUGGAUUCAGGGCGCUACGAGAACAAGGCUACAUCCCCUGGUGUGCUUGUUUACUCAGGUCAGGGUGGAAAUUCGAAAGUCCAACAUAACCCACAUCAAAGUGAUCAAACACUUGAAGGAGGUAACCUAGGUUUAAAGAAUAGCAUGGAUGCUAAAUUUCCCGUGCGUGUUAUUCGUAAGAUUCGGCGGGAAUCUACAAAGCAUGUCUUCAUAUAUGAUGGCCUUUAUAGUGUAAGUAAAUAUUGGCUGAAAAAAUCAAAUGCUGGUGAGGUUUAUAUGUUUGAAAUGAUUCGAAUGUCGCGCCAACCUGAUUGUAAUUACCUAACCAUCGACGACAAGGCUUUAAAGUCGGUUGAAAGUUCGAGGUUAGUGAUAGCAAAAGAUUUGUCUCAAGGUAAGGAGGGAAUUGAGAUCGUGAUUGUGAAUGAAAUAAACAGUGAAAAACCAGCACCUUUCACUUACAUUACUGAGAUGAUGAAGACAUUUUCGCACGAACACUCUGGUUUGAAUGGUUGCGGUUGCAUCGAUGGAUGCUCGGACUUAAAUCCAUGUCCUUGUGUGAUAAAGAAUGGAGGGGAGAUUCCAUUCAAUGAAGAUGGAGGUAUACUUAAAGCAAAGAAAAUGAUUUACGAAUGUGGUCCGAAUUGCAAAUGCCCUCCUUCUUGUCAAAAUAGAGUCAGCCAACAUGGACUUAAACUACCGUUGGAGGUAUUUAAGACAGAAUCAACCGGAUGGAGUGUCAGAUCAAGAGAAGAGAUUAAAAUUGGCAGUUUCAUUUGCGAGUAUCUAGGAGAGUUGGUUGAGGACAAGGAAGCCGAUCAUUGCACAAAUGAUGAAUAUCUUUUUGACCUCUGGGAUGGUAAAGGGUUCACCAUUGAUGCAGCAAAAUACGGGAAUGUGAGUCGAUUUAUCAACCAUAGUUGCUCACCUAAUCUCUAUGCACAAAAUGUUAUUUAUGAUCAUGGGAACAAAAAAUUGCCUCAUGUUAUGUUUUUUGCUACCGAGAACAUACCUGCUCUGGUAGAAUUAACGUAUCACUACAACUACAAAAUUGGUAGUGUUCGUGAUGCCCAUGAAAACAUCAAGGAUAAGAAGUGUUUUUGUGGUGCUCGCCGUUGCCGUGGGAGAUUGUAUUGAGGUGUAGUAUUUGUCUUCGUUUGACGGUCGAAAUCCCAUAUGCAUUUCUUACUUCCAACUUAUCUCUUCUACUUCACAUGCCUCCCCAUAUACGCUCCCUUUUCUUUUUUAUUCUUUUUUUUUUUCUUU